AUGUCUAGCAAGGAAACAUCGCCGUCUGCAUUUUAUACCCAUCAAACAGAUCUCCGCGACAUCACCCAGCCAACGGCCAUUCUUCACUCUCUAUCCAAAGCUCUCGUCCUUCGAAUUCCGCAGGAUAAAGACCUCCAACCAUUGAUCGACGUCUUAGCCAACCCAGAGAACACAAAGGAUGACCUAUCAGUUGCCACUUUGACUCCUGAAGAACGGGAGUCUGUCUGUCGCCAAUGGCUGACCCUCAACGACCCGCUGAACUAUCUUAACUUCGUUGUCAUCGAUACUACUGCGAAAGAUCAACAGGAAGUUGUCGGCAUAGCGGGACUCGGUUGGAUAGGUCCUAUGAAAGAUGCGGAAGAAUCCAAACGGGCGGGCGCCGCCGGGGKGGUGAUUAAUCCCGCGGCGAGACGCAAGGGUUUCGGCACGGAGGCAUUCAAGAUGGUUAUUGAUUAUGGUUUGAAUGCGUUAGGGUUGACUGAAGUGAGGAUCGGGACUCCUUCGUACAAUGUAGCUAUGCGUAGGCUGGUGGAGGUGAAGUUCAAGAUGCAGCCCGUGGUACCAGAGAAAGUUGAUAGGUUUGGGAACGAUUUACUUUGGCGUAUUGAUAAGGAGAGAUGGUUACAAUAUCUCGAACAGGAGGAAUAG